AUGGCACGACCCAAGAAGGCAGGCCAACGCAGAGCGACUUGCUCUAGUAAGGCGAGUCCUCCAAAAGUUCAAUCUCAAGAUAUAUCGCCUGUGGACUACGACGAGAAGUUGCCUUUUCCCUACAACAACUUCAUCUAUAAGAUUACGCUUUCAAAGCCAGCCACACAAGAUGCAUUUCCCAACGUACAGCCAUAUACUGCAAAGCCUCCGUCCAAGGGUGUGUCGUAUGUCAUCCUCAGGCUAAGCAACCCUGCAGCAGAAGGCUUGAAUCACGACAAUCGUGUCGAGAACGAGGCGGCUGCUUUGUAUCUCGCACGAAAAGGUUUAGCCAGCUUCAAGCCAGACACGAUCUCCAUUGUCCCUGCAGUAUACGCAUGGCAGCCUGCCCUGCUAUCUACCAGAACCUCAGCCGGCAGUCUCGGCUGGAUACUCAUGGAUUUCAAACAAGGUGUGCCUCUCGACAAGGCUUUUCAGUUUCUCAGCAGCUCCCAAAAAGAGGAGGUAUUGGGACAACUGGCGGACAUAUUCUCCGGUAUUCAACACGCUCCUCUGCCCGAGUCACUUGACAUGUAUGGGGGAUUCACCGUGAAAGACGGCAUAUUGGUACAUGGGCAGAUGACGAUCCUCGCUGGUGGUCCGUGGAAGACUUAUGCCGACUUUUGGUCCACCCGACUUUCUUCUCAGCUUGGGCACUCCGAGAGCAGUUCAGCUCUCCAGGGCUGGAAACCGAAUGGAACCAGGGAAAAGUUUGACAACUUUCUCGCUGCAGACCUAGACAGCAUCUUUCAAGAUGCUGGUGUCGAUGUUUCUUGUCGCGCUCUCGUCCAUGGAGAUCUGAUGCAUUGGAAUGCUGACCGCUUUCUAGCUAUGAACAAUGUCCUGUUUGACUCGGCGACUAAUAAAAUCACUGGGCUCGUUGAUUUUGACUUCUCCUACAUUUCUCACCCCUACCAGGAGAUUGUCGCGUCUUUCAGCGACGUGGGAGGAAACAUUAUCGAAGAUCGUGGUCCAGACUAUACAGAGGGGCGCCUUCCAAAGGCUUUGCUCACAGGGUCGUUUGAGGUCAAGGACCUACCAGCAGAGGCUUGUGAGGUAUGGGAAAUCGCCAAAGCCUGGGAUGCAGCCCUAGCGGCGAGAAACACACUGAAACCACGCACGAUUGCUGGCGUGUCAGUUUUGGCUCAGCUAGCCAAGCUUGAAGGACUUUUGUGCCCGUUUAAAGUGGCUCACCCUGUGUUCCUGAAAAACAUGACGUCGGAGAAAAUUGCUGAGGAGCGAGCUGCGGCAGAGGAAGCUUCAGUAACUUGCCUCGGCUCUCUGGGAUUUUGA